UCAAGAUGAAGCUCAACGUUUUCGCUGUCUUCCUGAUUGGUCUCUCCAUGUCUGUUGCCCAGCAAUCGCCGACUAAAACACGUCGUGGACCCCCGCCUGCGCGCUUCGCAAAUGCUCCACCCUCGGAGGUCUGGGGGCCUCCACCGGCAAACGGCGGCCCUGUUCCGUCCGCAACUAAUCCCGGGGGAUAUUUACCGCCUUCACCGGUCCAAGGUCAGACCUCGUGGGUGAACAACCCCCCGGCCCGAGUUGUGUACAGCUCCCUGCCCCCAGCAGGGACAAACAGUCCCGUGGUACGCGGACCACCACCCCCGAGACACGGAGCCGACCCUGAGAACUUCGAACCAGUCGCCCCGGCUUCUAGAACCAAGAGUCUUGGUUUCCUCGGCGGUCCCGACCCAUAUGUACCACCAAUUCUGCCGCCGACGACCAUGCCACCACUUCCGGCUCCCACAGUUCGCUAUGAUGUACCGGAUGUGAAAAAGGAGGAGGAAGAGGAGAGCUAGAAAUAGCGUCUGCGCGCGCUGGAGCGUCAUUUACAGUGUGUAACGUGUGACCUAAAUUGUUCGGCAAGAAAAUCAUUAUAUACGCGAUUUAAAUUGUUUUUCAUAGUUCUAUACAAAUGUUAAAAUCUCGGCCAGUCGUUUAAAUUUACCUUGUUCAUAAUUGUUUAACGUUUGAAUUUCUUAAUAAUUGUGUUUUAAAUCGAUAAAGAUUAAUCGGAGUGCAAUCCGAUACCACAAUGUCUUUGUGUCUUAUAUUACACUUUUGUUCAAGUAUAUUCUAGGUGGCAAAGAUUUCAUGGUUUUUUAUGUUCCUACACAUACGAAAACAUAAGUUAAUAAUAUUUAACGUUUUAUUAAAAACAAUACUAUGGAUACUG